UGUUGACUGCAAAACACUGUGUCGUGGAACCUUGUUACGGGUAUAUCACCUAUGGAGAAAUCAACAAAAACAAAGGAUACCAGUUUGACUUCGACUGCACCAAUGGCCAACAGGUGAUCACACACCCCUCACUAGACAUAGCAGUCAUCAAACUACACAGUGGGAGGAGAUUCAAGAAAGAUUUCACCUCUAUCUCCGUUCCCAGGGACCGAUGGAGCAGCCGCAGGAGGGACAGCUGGUUUAUGCCACCGGGUGGGGCCGCAGUUGUGAGCAGGACGGGGCAGUCUGUGCCAACCAGGACAAGCACCCCGAUAAACUCCAAAUGGUGAAGAUUCAAGUAACAUAUGGGGAGUGUCCCUACAACAAGAAGAAGCUGUUCUGUGCAGGGGGCAUAGAUAAACAGGGACUGCCCAAGGACGCCUGUCAGGGGGACUCCGGGGGACCACUAGAAUGCACGGACACCGAAGGUAAGAUCUACCAGUGUGGGGUAGUGUCCAGUGGUCCGGCAGCACCCGAGUGUGGCAGGAGGCCAGGUGCCUACGUGCGACUGGCUGAUCCGGACACCAUCCAAUGGCUCAUCAAUGUGGGCGGAGCACAAAACCAACUCAGAAUAAAGACACUAUCUGCUACUAGAUCGGACACAAAAAAAGACAGCCAGGCAGAAGCGUUGCACUAUCAGGGAACGAAGAAAGUUUCAGUGUUAAUUAUUAUGCUAAGCAUGCUGAUUUGGAUUUAG